ACCACCAUCCCAGGGACCUCCACAGCCACCUCUGCGUCCACCACGACCACAUCAGAGACCUCAACCACUUCAGGGACCUCCAUGACGACUCCUACGACCACCCCAACCAUCCCAGGGACCUCCACGACCUCAGGGACCUCCACAACCUCCUCAGGGACACCGACGGUCACACCAGUGACCACCACGACCUCCCCUAAGACCACCACGACCUUGGGGUCCACCACGAUCACACCAGAGACCACCACGAGCAUCUCAGGGACCUCCACGACUGCACCAGUGACCACCACGACCUCAGGGACCACCACGACCACACCAGUGACCACCACGACCACCCCUAAGAGCACCACGAGCAUCUCAGGGACCUCCACGACUGCACCAGCGACCACCACGACCUCAGGGACCACCACGACCCCUCCAGCGACCUCCACGACCUCCUCAGGGACACCCACGGUCACACCAGUGACCACCAUGACCACACCAGUGACCACCCCAACCACCUCUGUGACUUCCACGACCUUGAGGGCCACCACGACCACACCAGAGACCUUCACGACCUCCUCAGGGACCACCAUGGCCACCUCAUGGACCUCCUCAACCACCUCAGGGACCUCCUCAACCACCCCAGAGACCCCCACGGCCACCUCAGGGACACCCACGGUCACACCAGAGACCACCACGACCUCCUCAGGGACCACCACCACACCACCAGUGACCGCCACCACCACCCCUAAGACCACCACGACCUCAUGGUCCACCACAACCUCCCCAUGGACCACCACGACCUCCCCAGAGACCCCCACGACCACCUCAAUGACCUCCACGACCUCCUCAGGGACACCCACGGUUACACCAGUGACCACCACCACCACCCCUAAGACCACCAUGACCUCAAUGACCACCACGACCACCCCAGGGACCACCACGACCACCUCAGGAACCUCCACGACUUCCCCAGAGACC